UAUGAGGUAUCGGUGUCUUGGGUCCGUUCUUUUUGGGGUGGCUCUUCUUGCAUCGUCGUAGCAUAUUGGUGUUUUUUUCUUCUUCUUACUCGCUAUGUUUGUUUGUUUUUGGAUAUGCUGCGCUUCUUUCUGUUUUUUUUGCAUUCGCAUCGGUGGACGGACCGAGUUACUUACCAUUCAUUUAUAUACAUUCCCUUUCUUUUCUUUCUUUUCUUUCUCCACCGUCUACUUUGCUCUACAUUUCUCUUUUGUCGUUUUUGUCGUUUUUGGCUUUACUUUUCUUGGACUGGUUUCGCUGGUUUGGCGGGUUUGGCUGGAGUUGGACGUUGGACGUUGUUGACUCUGCUGUUGAAGGCGGGGCGCAUAGUAAUACAAUUAGAUGAGAUUCCUACCUACAUAUUUCAUUGUCGAGAACGAUGAGUCGUCUCAGACGGUUCUGUGCAUUCCAGCCUUUCUUCAUCAUUUCUUGGUGGUGCUCCC